AUGCUGCCAGAUCUCUACAAUGAUGCUAGCUGUGGCUCUCAGGGAAACAAUCCAGACAGUAAAAUCUGCUGUGCCGGGAAGCUGUCCAAUAGGGUGCUUGGAAAAAACCUGUGCUGCGGUACAACUCCGUAUGGUGUAGAGGACCGAGGGGUGCUGUGCUGUAACCAGACCUUGCACCGUGUGGUGGAGGAUGGGUACCAGUGCUCCCCAGGUGGCUACUUGUAUCUACCAUCCCGUGACAUGGUGUGUGGCUCACGCGUUCAUCUCAACGAUCCAGGCAAACACUGCUGUGGAGAGGACACAUACGACCCUCAGUAUGAAAUCUGCUGCAACGGACACAAACACAGUAGGUGGGGGAACAAGUCCUGCUGCGGAGGGAAGGCCUACGACCCCAGCAGUGACCAGAUGAAGUGUUGUGCAGGGACUCUGUACAACCUGCAGGUUCAGGACAGACUCUCAGAGGAGGCCCAGUGCUGUGGGAGUGUCCUGAUGGAGGCUGGCUCCACGCAGACCUGCUGCUCUGCCCCAGGGCUGAACCUGGUCUACCCUACCCAGCCAGGGUUCACCUGCUGUGGGCAGCACUACCCCAACUCCUCCCUGUGGUCAUGCUGCGCGGGGGUCCUGUACUCAAGGCCUGAAACACAAACCACCAGCAAGAACAUGAUUCCAGGACCCAGGCUUCUACCACUGGGGGAUCUGAAGACUGAAGUCCUGUGUCACACCAGAGUUCUGCUAGGGACAGUGCAGAGUGUGUCUGUGAAGAUGAAUGAGCGGUCCAUCGUGAUGGUGAACGCCAUGUACAUGCUGGCCUCACGUGGCCAUGUCAACCCCCUGCCUUCCCCUCACUACAUCACAUUACCCGACCACUGCAGCUCCCCUGAACUGGUGCCGGGCAACACUUACAUCUGGAUGAAAAUACCUUUUCUCAGACACCAUAAGAUUCAUCUCUGAUCAUUCCUACCCUCUCCAUUCCAUCCUCUCCAGGUGCUCAAAAUGAUACUUUUAACCAUGUUUUGAGGCAAUAGAGUGUUUGUUCACAAUUACAUUGCUUACAAUGGCUUUAAAAAGAAAACGUCUAUUUUGGGUUCUGAUGGGGUAGGACAGUUUAACUAAGCUCAUGAGGCAUACAUUAUAUUCUUCAAGUGUCAAUUUGUAUAUCAUUCAUUUAAAACUCAAAAAAAUGUAUGUGGCUAUCACAGAUGACACAUUUUAAGAUAUCAGUAUAUCGUUAGCAAUUUUUAUUUGCUAACAAGAAAAACUAGCAUGUUUAUGAUCUCUCAUGAGUCAUAUUUUAUUAUGUUUGUCUGGGUAGUGGUUUUCUGUUAUAUUAUCGCAAAUGUUCCUUUAGCGUUAAUGCAAUUAUAUUGUCUUAAUAAUGGCUAUUCCAUACUGAAGCUAUUUACUCACUGAAACUCUUUGUUCAAUGUGACACUAACAUCAUUGGCAUGAAUCUCUCUGUUUAGUGAUUGUACCACAUUGUAAAACGGCAGGAAAUAAAGCCUAUUUUCUAACCAA